UCAUAUAAAUAUUUUAGCUAUCUUUUUAAACGAAAGAUCAGAUAUUUUCAUAAAAAAUGCCGACUAUUUGUUUGUCACUGAACUAUCGAUCCAUGAUACAAACAAACAAUAUUGAUCUGUAAUCAUCGCUAAUGAUCAUAACAAUAGAUACUAAUAAUGAGUUGAUGAAGAGUUAAUUAUGCCGCUCUGAUGUUUUUAACGCAAGUCAAGGUGAUGACUGCGGCGACUUUAUUAGCUCAAUGUUAUCAUCAUCUAUCAAACAAUCUCGUCAUAUUUCACUGGUUUGCUAGCUGAGCUGUUUUUAAAAAUGUUUGAAGUUUGAUUUCUGUAUAGGUAUAAAUAGUAAAAAUCUGCAGGUUCACAUCAUUCUAUUUCCAUCACUGAUUCAAUAGCUUUCAUCGAUAAAAAAAUAUUAAAAUGCCUCCUGUGCCUUCGGAUUUUACUGAUUUACCAAUGACAAGAAAAUCUAGGUAAGGAGUUCAUCAUGUCAUUGUCAUGUUUUAUUCUAAAUUUAAUUUAAAUAGAAUUUAUCUUUUUAGUACUUGUUUCUUUAUCAAUAAAACAGCCAUGCACUAGAUAUCGGAAAAUCGUGGAUUCAGCUUAAAUGUAUCUAGAAUAUUGAACUUAAAGUUAUUCAGCCAUUAUAAAUACCGUAGAUACCUUAUUUAUUAGUGUUCCUUUAUUUCACUCUAAUUUACCCGUAUAUCAAUACCUUUUUGUAUUUCAGAAUGAGGUUAAUUUUGGACAGCCUACAACCUGUGAAUCUAAGAAACCGGCGCCCUUGAAAUCAUAUGAUUUCAAUAUUUUUCAAAACGAGGCGAUUGAAGUCGGAAAUGAUGGAAAGAAAUCAGUGCAGCGACCUUCGGAUGCUCUCGACAUGACACCUUCAAGGAAGAAGAGACGAUUUCAGCACUGCACCACUAACCCGGAACCAAAUUCGAACUCCGUUACGGCAUCUUUAAGUCCACUCUCCAGCGUCAUUCAAGCUGUUGAAAAACUGACGACGGGAUCUGACCUCGCCGCAGAUGGAUCACGUGCCAACAGUCUACCCACAAUCCCAGGAAAGCACAGCGAUCUAAGCGCCAUCUCACCGGAAACCAUGUCUGAUGUCUUGAACGGGGUCUAUGACAACCGUGUAGACAGAGCGACCAUAAUAGAUUGCAGAUAUCCGUACGAAUAUGAAGGCGGACAUAUUAAGGGAGCCAUCAACCUUUACACCAAGGAUGCAGUCCAGAAAUUCCUUCAAGAAACUGUGACGUCAUCAACGACAAAUCACGUGCUUAUCUUCCAUUGUGAAUUCUCGUCUGAAAGAGGACCGAAAAUGUAUCGCUUCCUUAGAUCUUUGGAUCGGGAAAUGAACAAAGAUAACUACCCCCGCCUCAACUUCCCCGAGAUCUAUCUCCUAGAAGGAGGAUAUAAAGCGUUCUUCUACAAGUGCAAAGAACAAUGUUUUCCGCAGACGUACAAACCAAUGCUUCACAAGGAACACAAAGACGAAUUACGUCACUUCCGUGUAAAAUCAAAGUCAUGGUCAGCAGGCGACAGAUCUCGUCAAAGUGUAAUUAAAGGCACCGGAAUGAGACUACGAUUUUGAUUGGAUAAAUGAACAUUGGACUUACAUAUAGAAAGAAAGAUGAACAAAAUGACGAUGGACUCUGUCGUUAAUGCUUGUACAGAUCUAAUACUGAAAGAAAACUUUGCUGUUGAAUGUCAUUUCUAAAAAUGGCAUCUGACAGUUAAUGACGGAUAUACAGCGAAAGUUUCAAAGACUCUAAUGUCAUUUAAGACUGUGAUAGACCUGUUAUAUGAAUUAUGAAGACUUUUUCUCUUUCCUGUGAUAU